AUGAUCGGCGGAGCUUUGGGCAGUCUCGAACCAUCUUCGGGAUACAGCUACGAAGCACCACCCAAUCGCUUGUAUUUACCUUCAGAAGCUGAGCCACCGAAUCGCUCAUAUUUACCUCCAGCGUCAGGUUCAUCAUCGGACUUGGAGGACAUUCUGAGACGUCAGCAAUCGACAUAUCCAACAGCGGACUACUCGUUCUCGUACGCAGUGAGAGACGAGAAGGCACCUUCUGGCAGAAACGCAUUUCACAGCACAUCGCCGUCGUUCUACGGUCAACAGGAGCGCCGGCACGGCUCGAUGACUCGCGGCUCUUACCACGUUUUACUGCCAGACGGUCGUCUUCAAUUGGUCGAAUAUGAGGCGGACGAGCGAGGCUUUCGCCCGAGGAUUACGUACAAGCAGACUGGACAGGCUAAGAAGUCUGUGUCUGGCGCCGCUUAUGCGACUUAUCGUCGCCCUGCCAGCGCUGCCGCUGCUGAUUCUGUUCCCUAUUUUCCGACGGUAUCGAGCUAUCGCACGACCACACCGGCUUAUACAGCUCGAUCCAACAAUCUUUACCUCUAUUCGUAG